AUGAGCUUCGGAUUCGGCGUGGGUGAUUUUAUUGCGGUUUUUGACAAGGCAAAGAAAUACCGAGACCGCUUCAAAGAUGCUCCUAAACACCUAAAGUCUCUUGAUCGCGAGAUCACAUCCCUCUACGCAGUCCUCGAGGGUAUCGAUCUCAUUAAGGAGGAACUCAAGGACUACGAAUAUGAAAGUCUGAAAGCUCCGGCAAAUGAAUGCUCUAAGCUCCUGGACGAAAUUGAGACAGUCUUCAAAGCCAACGGACAUUCCGACCAACAUCCGAAUCCCAGUUGGCGCAAACGCAUCACACUCAACCCUGAAGAAGUGCAGCAACUUCGUUUGCGCAUUGCGCUGAACGUGCAGUUUCUGAAUGUAAUAAACCAAUUCAAAGAUAGUCAAGUCAUACUCGACACCAACAGACAUGUCAAGUCUAUGCACGACGAGCAGAAGAGUCAACAGGAACGACAGAUCCUUGAAUGGCUCGACCGCAACAACUAUGAGCCCCAGUACCAAGGUCACCUGUCACAAAGGCAAGGAAACUCUGGCAAGUGGUUUUUGGAAUCUUCAGGUUUCCACGAUUGGAUUUCUGAAAAGGGCCAAGGUCUUCUGUGUCACGGCAUACCGGGUUCUGGCAAGACUGUCAUGUGUUCGAUUGUGAUAGACCACCUAUCUUGCCAGUUUCCAAGCGACGAAAGCACCGCGAUAGCGUACAUUUUCUGCAACGCUCAGAAUCAGGAAGAAGGAACGUUCCAUCGCUAUGUUUCGAAUUUGACCAAACAGCUAGCCAAACAGAUGGCGCAGAGUCGAUUUCCUGACAGCCUGAAGGCUCUAUAUGAGAAGCACCAAAACAACCACAGCUCCCCACAGAAAGGCGAAAUAGAGAAACUACUAUUCGAGCUUGCUGCUGCGUGCACUCGACGGCUAUUCAUCAUCAUCGACGCUCUAGAUGAAUGUAGUGCCGACGUGCAGCUAGACUUGAUUGCACUUGUCUCAGAGUUACAACAGAAAUCGAGUGCUAAUAUACUAUUGACUACACGGCCAAUACCCGAAAUUUCAUGCAACGCAAAACUUGCUCAAUGUCGGCCUUUAGAGAUCCGGGCUCCAGAGGAUGACAUCCGAGAAUUUGUUCAAAGCCGCAUGAAACUCAUGCACAAGCGUGUCCAGGGCAAUCCUGCGCUUAAGGAAGAGAUCAAGGACGUCAUUCUGAGACGUGCCGACGGCAUAUGCGAUGCAGAUCUUGGUACCAAGGUCAUCUCGUGGGUUGUGUGCGCCAAAAGACCUCUUAGAGUGGCAGAACUCCAGCAUGCGCUUGCUGUCGAAGAUGAGCCGCAAAUUGACGAGCAGAGUCUCUAUUCACAGGAGGAAAUUCUUUCUGUCUGCCUCGGAUUGGUGCGCAUAGAUGCAGAAUCCAUUCUCCGCCUGGUACAUCAAACUGCUGUGGAGUAUUUCGAAGACGAGAAGGACAAGGACGGAUUUUUUCCUGGCGCGAAUGUUGAAAUGGCGACCGUCUGCGUACGAUACCUCGCCUUCGAUCGGACUCAACAAUGGGCUGCACAAUGCAACUACAAGAUAAACGAAGAACCACAGGAUCCGGAAUAUCCUUUCUGCCAUUAUGCAGCAUUACACUGGGGCGAUCACGCUCGCGACGCUCAACAGCUUCCACAGAGCAUUCAGCAGUUUUUUGACGAUCGGGCUGCCCUUGAGAUGUCCUGGAAGAUUUGGAACAGGAGAUCUCUAGUGAAAGUUCCGUGCAAGAGGGCUCAUAUAGCCGCAUGGUUCGGCAUAGCAAGCGUCUUCAAGAGCAACCUUUUGCGUGACGAAGAGAUAAUCGCCUGCGAAGGUGAACCUCCACGAAUGCCCCUUAAUUUCGCCGUCCGUGGUGGACAUUUGCAACUUGUCGAGCUACUCCUGGAAUUCAAGCCUAUACUAUCUCAUCUGAGAAUGCCUGAUGAUUCUCAAGCAGAACUUUGUAGUUCGCAAAGCCCGACACUUCAUUCCAGAUUUCGGUCUGCGAUUGUUGACGCUGUUGAGUUUGGCCCUGGGGCAAUGGUCGAUGUGCUCAUUAAGUUCUGUGCUCGAGAAAGAAUUCAGGCAGAGUUACCGAACAGCGAAACCGGGGGCCUACUACACCGAGCCAUACGUAAAGACUCAUCAAUCUACAAAGCUCUUUUUGGCCAACACAACACCUCGGAGGGAUUCACCAAAGCAACUAUAUCAGAAAUUGGUCUUCAGCUCGAGGCGAAGCUAUAUCAGGAAACACCCCUAAUGGCAGCAGUCGUUUAUGAGAACCCUACUGCCGUUGACCUCCUUCUGGGUGUUGGAGCGAGUAUAGAGGCCUGCGGGACUUCAGGAGACAGCGCCUUGCGCCAGGCCGUCAUGCGUGGGAAUUUUGAGGUGUUCAUCAAACUACUUGAUCAUGGGGCUAACAUGGAUGUUGAAGCCAAGGAAAAACCACUCAUCUCUCUUGCUGCACAAUUUUCACACAACGUGGAUAUCAUACGUUACCUGAUCGACAGUUUGCAUCAGAACCCAAAUGAAAGGCAUGAAAAUAAAUUGCCGAUUGAGUAUGCAUUGUCAAGCUUAGAGAGGUACUACGGAGAUCAGCGACGUGACGAGGAGCGCAUCAAGGGACAGGAAGAAGUCGUGAAGGUGCUUCUGCAACGUCUCGACAUCGACGAUCCCCAGCAUAUUUACCGCACUGUCCUAACAAUGGCAGCCGAACAUGGGAGAUCGGAUCUCGUUAAGGUGCUUCUGGAAACUCUCGACAUCGAAGAUCCCCAGGAUCUCUACCGUACUGUCCUAAGACUGGCAGCCAAACAUGGGAGUUCGGAUCUCGUAGACUUCAUGGCGAGUAAAAAGGACUUUGACAAGGACAGCAGGGAUGACUGGAUGUGCACUUUGUUGAAAGAGGCACAGUGUGAUAGCAACUUUCGGAUGUGUAAAGCUCUUCUGGAUGGCGGCGCUGUUCUAGGACAGGAGAUAGAAAAGGAGAUAGAAACAUUUCCAUCGGGACUAAAGCGGGUUCAAAUCGUGGGACGGUGGUACUAUUGGAAACGGAGGUAG